AUGAAAGAGUUCUGGGUACCAGGAAAGACUGUACACAGGAAGUCCAUUCUUUCCUUCCACCACACGGGUCCUCACGGGUGUACCACAGAUGGUCAGGCUUCCUCCCUCAGCUCCCUUACAGGGAGGCCUAGAGUGUCCUCCUUUGUCCCGGUACAUUCCCACACACCUUCUCUUAUUCCCCGAUGUCUUCUCUCCUUACAGUCUUCCGUUUGUGCCAAGAUCGUGCAGCUCCUGGGGCAGAAUGAGGUGGAUUACCACCAGAAGCAGGUGGUCAUCCUGAGUCAGGAUAGCUUCUAUCGAGUCCUCACUUCAGAACAGAAGGCCAAGGCCCUAAAGGGCCAGUUCAACUUUGAUCACCCUGAUGCCUUUGACAACGAACUCAUCUUCAAAACACUCAAAGAAAUCACCGAAGGAAAAACAGUCCAGAUACCUGUGUAUGACUUUGUCUCCCACUCUCGGAAGGAGGAGACGGUCACUGUCUACCCCGCGGAUGUGGUGCUCUUUGAAGGGAUCCUGGCUUUCUACUCCCAGGAGGUCCGAGACCUGUUCCAGAUGAAGCUUUUCGUGGACACAGAUGCAGACACUCGUCUCUCUCGCAGAGUAUUGAGGGACAUCAGCGAAAGAGGCAGGGACCUUGAGCAGAUUUUAUCUCAGUACAUCACAUUCGUGAAGCCUGCCUUUGAGGAAUUCUGCUUACCAACAAAGAAGUAUGCGGACGUGAUCAUUCCUAGAGGUGCAGACAAUCUUGUGGCCAUCAACCUCAUCGUGCAGCAUAUCCAGGACAUCCUCAAUGGAGGGCUCUCCAAGCGGCAGACCAAUGGCUAUCUCAAUGGCUACACCCCUUCACGCAAGAGGCAGGCAUCAGAAUCCAGCAGCCGGCCACAUUGACCCCCGUGCCCUGACUCCAAAUCCCAGCCCCCAGCUCCAAGACACAGGAGGGUCGAGAGGCUUUGGUCAUCUGUACAUACGCCUCCUGUGAAAUUACUGUAUUUAAGAAAACAGCGCGGAGAUGAAAUGCCUUGACUUUCUUGUUUUCCUUUUUUGUACUUUGGAACAGCAAAUCAAACAGAACUUGACCCCGAGCUUAAGUGACAAACUGUGCCAACUACUACUGGUGAUGCCUAAUUAUGAAUCCAACGUGUAACCAGUUAUAAAUACACACAUACAUACAUACAUACAUACAUAUAUAUAUAUAUAUAUAUAAAGGAUCUAUUUUUGUGUAAAUGUACAAAUACUGUAAAGCUGUUUGCCAUAAGUAUUCUGCAGGAAUCUGUGCGUGGGUGUUGGGCCUGGAGCCCCACUCAGCAGGCUCUGACAUCUGAGGAGCCAUGGGAGUGGGUGGUUGAUUGGUUGAAGUCCCUUGCUCUCAGCACCGUGGGCCUCAACUCUCAAGAACCCUCCACCCCCACCCCGACAGAUGCCCCCUCCUUGAAACUGGAGCUGAGAGAGAUUACUUUUUUUUUUUUUUUUUUUUUUUUUGGAGUUGAAAUUUCUCAACUCAAAAACUGAAUCUCAGGGAAGAGGCCCACUGAGGAAGAACAAUCUGUCUGUGUUUCUUCUUGUUUCGCUCUGGCUGCCUGGGUGGCUCCAUGACAUCUUCCGUCUCUGUUUCCCAGGAAGCCAGAGCUGACUCUGCUUUCCCGGGGGCGGAUCUUAAUAGGGCUUCAUCCUGCAGGAAAAGAGAGAGAGAGGAGGAGGGAAGGGUGGGACUAUGUUCCUUGGCAUGUUUAAGGAAAAACUGCCUCGUAGGGAAGUGACCGUUCAGGUUGCCUUGGGCAUAUUAUUGGAUAUGGAGCGGCGCAUUGCAGCCUGGGCUCUGGUUAAGGACAUCUGGUAUUAACCACUGACAGGCCUUCACAGGAGGAGGCCCCCUGAGAGUGAGAGUUCCACCCACAGAGCUGGCAAAAGCUUUUGUCCCUUUUGAGCUGGGGCUGUGCAGUGAGAUAAGGAGUGUCUGUGCUUCCCACCUGAGAUUCUCUUUGAACAGUCGAUUCAGGAUGAUUUCCUGAAUUACACUGUCACCCUGUUAAUAUGGUGGCUGCCUGGCAGGAAGGGGGUAGGAGAAGGGAAGCAUUUCUUAGAGGGUAUUAAGGGAGGGUAUUUAAAUCAUGGGUACCUAAGCUGGGGUUUUAUAUUGAAGAUGUCUGAGGUAGAGAUUUCCUGAACACUUCUUUUGGUAGGAACUCUUGGCUCUGCAGGAAGUUGACAUACUGAGAAGAAAGCUGGAGGAAAUAGGGACCAAGCAAGAAGAGACAGGUGUGAGAUAGGGCAUCAGUCUGUGCCCAACUAGAGAGGAGCCACGGACUGUCAUGUUGAUGGUCUCCAUCCUGCAUUUUGUGGGCCACAUGCUUGUAGUCACUCUGCCUGGACACCGGGGAAGUCUCAUCCCCAAGUGGCUCUCAGGGCCCAGUGAGCUUCUUACUCCGUAAUAUCCAAACAAGCCGAGUGAGGUUCCCUCACUGUUUGAGCGCCGUCCAGUUCCCCAACCAGGAUUCAAAUUGGCCUCCACUUCCGUUUUUCUAUUUAAAAGACAUGAACCUAGUCCUCAGUAGAGCUUUGCUACUUUUCCUGAGGCCAUCAGGAGGUCAUGGUGUAGGUUCCACAGCAAAUUCCCAUGAUAACAAAUGUUCUGGAGCAGGGAGUGUUCAGCUUAGGUACCUAUGGGGAGGCACACACUCACCCAGACAGAUGCAUCCUAGAGUGUCUGGAGAACAGUCUUUAUCACAUCAACUUCACGUCCAUGGUAAUUUUGAGAUAAAAGAUAGGUUAUGGCCUGGGAUCCCAAGGACAGGGCCCUGGCCUUGCUGGAAUUGCCUGUGCUCAUGGGAAACCCAUUCCUAUUUGCAAGAGCCUUGGCCUCUCAGUGGGUAGCACGCUCAACAUUACUUGAAGCUCCCAGGUGCCAAACCACUUAGUGCCCUGGCUGUCUACCCUACUGCCGUGGAAAAUGGAAUUCUUCUCAUCCCUGAGCCUUUACUUAGCCGCUUCCUCAUCUACUUAUGGUGUUGGGAACAUGCCCUCCAGGACCUCUGAGCAGCCCAUUCCCAGCUUGGACGAAGCUUUAGGACUACCCUAUCCCUACCUCCUGGGAAAAUUGUAAGCAAUUCUGGCUUGGCUAGAAGCAGUGUUUGCUGGGGGCAGGGAAGGGAUGGAAGUUCUUCUGCUCCGAAGCUGCUCAGCUUUUGGCCAGUUGUGCACUUGAACUUGAGUUGGAGGUAAACUUAUUAGGAAACCAUGACAUUUGUCAUCUGGGGACUUUUAGCUGCCCAGAGAGGAAGCAUGGCUGAGCAGCGCUGAGCAAUAUUGCUCACAGGUGCAAAAAUCCCCCGGCUUCAGAGCCACCCGGUGGUGCUCGCCUCCCCCUUCCCCAAUACUGUCUCUGUGCUGAGUAUUUAGGAGACAAACUUCUAAGCCUUGUGUCGAAGGAAGGCCCAGCCUCACACUUCAUGCUAAUGCAACUUCUGCUUGCUGUGACUUCUCUUUGGAGAACCAGAGGUUCUGCUGAGAAAAAAGGCAAGACUCUGAUACGGGGUGGGUAGAGUAGGCCCCAGGGAAGGGAAUGGGUUCAGGCCUUGCGGGGUGGGGGUGUUCAAGGCACCCGUCUCAGAACUAAUAUUCAUAAUGGUGGCUACUCAGAUCCUGGGGAAAUUGCCUCCAGCUUGCUCUAUCCACAGUGGGUUGUCUGUCUCUUGGGACGAAGCUGGAUCAGGUGUGCCCCUGAGUAGGUGAAAGUGGAGACCACAAGCCUCUUGCAGGGAAAUGUUUUUCACUAGGCAGCUUGUGGUGAUGCUCUGGUCAGUCCUGAGUACAUGUAGGGUGGUCCUUCUGGGAAGGACCUGCUGGCCUUCUCUGUCACCUUUGCCGUUUAUACUUUUACUCCUGGCAGAUGGCCUAAUGCUUUGUUGUUCAGACAAAACAAGAGAGUGGGUUGGGAGAGGCACAAACGGAUGCCUCUGGUGUGCACAAGUCCCCUUCAAGAGUCUGGCUGUAGGCCUGAUUUGCUCUCCUCUCAUGGUGCCAGGCACAGGUGACUUUAGAGCAGCUUCCUGUUGCUCUCAGGCAGUGCGCUCCCACCCAGGCCUGCCUCUGGAGUGAGGGUGUGACGAGACCUAGCCUGUUCUUUCCCUAGAAGAUGCUGUCUCUUCCCUUCUUUGCUUUUUACUGCCCUACCUUUGUUAGUGCUAUGGAAUGACCACAUCCUGUGUACUUUGCUGUAAAUAAAGACAAAGCAAAAACUA